ACUAUAUAAAUCCCACUGUAAAACAGAUGUUUCAUUUGGAAAAUUGUUCAAAAAAAUCUCCACUAAAGUCAGGUCCACAGAUCACACUCACUGUCAUUAUAAGCACCACUGCGCCAUGCCCAUCGCAUCUCCCUCUCUCCAUUUAUCCACCCGGCUCCGCACUCUGCUUUCUUUCUUCUAGAUUCCAUCGCACUCCGUACUACGCUUCGUUAUUCUCAAGGCCGGUGGCGUUGAAAGCCCUCGCAAGCUCGGCGGAUUUCAGAGGGGCUUCUGUUGUCGGCGCGAAAUCAGGGGGGGGGAUUGGGUGGAGAACGAAGGCGGCGGUCGCAGACACAGGGAUGGCGACAGAAAAAGGUGAAGGGAAGAAGGUGAGCGUGUUUGAUUCAGAGGAGGAUCUGGCGGUGGCCCUCGCGAAAUACAUCGCUGAUCUAUCUGAUAAGGUCUCCAAAACGAAGAGCUCGUUUACUGUCGUCUUGUCCGGUGGUUGUCUCAUCAAAUUACUCAGGAAACUGGUUGAACCACCAUAUAUAGAUUCAGUGGAUUGGUCAACAUGGCAUGUUUUCUGGCUGGAUGAGAGAGUUGUUCCCAAGGAUCAUGUUGACAGUAACUAUAAGCUAGCAUUUGAUGGUUUCCUCUCCAAGGUACCAAUUCUCCCUGGUAAUGUCUAUUCUAUCAAUGAUGCACUCUCUGCUGAGGGUGCGGCUGAUGAUUAUGAGAUCUGUGUCAAACAUUUGGUCAAGAGCAAUGUGAUUGCGACAUCUGAAAGUGGGUUACCAAAGUUUGAUCUCAUGCUUCUGGGUAUGGGGCCAGAUGGGCAUGUGGCUUCUCUCUUCCCAGGACAUCCUCUCCUCAAGGAGAAAGAGAAGUGGGUUACCUUCAUCAAGGACUCACCAAAGCCACCUCCAGAGAGAAUUACAUUUACUUUCCCUGUCAUCAACGCAUCUGCUCAUAUUGCACUUGUAAUACUCGGUACUGCUGGUGAAGCAGGUCCAGUGCAUGCAGCAUUAGGAAAUAGUCAAAAUUCUGAUGUGCUCCCCAUCCAGAUGGUUUCACCUGCAGGGGAACUAGCUUGGUUCUUGGACAAAGAAGCAGCUUCCAAGCUUUAGGGUAUGAAUGUCCGUAGCCACUUGAGUAGCUUCAUCCUACGACAUACUAUCAUGUUUGCUUUCUGCUGUGUUCCUAUCAGUGGGUUUGCUGCUGGAUUGUGUAAACUCGCUCUUCUUUCUCUAUGAUGGCAACUAGAGAAAGGAUUUUAAUAAAUUAUAAAUGGUCCCAUAUGUGUUCCGUGAUA